GAGAGAGAGAGAGAGAGAGGAUGGUCCUUUGCAUUUCCCUUGCUGGGGUCCUUUCGCUUUGCAUCCCUUCCGAUCUGAUUUGACUGCAUGAAAACUGGAAUGAGCGCUCUAAUCCGACGCGCGAAACGAGGCCGCUUUCUGUCAAAAAUGCAUUAAGACUGUAGCAGAUUCCCUCCGUCUCUCUCUCUCUCUAACCCCGCUUUUCAACGCUGGUUUCUCUCUCUCGUCUGCGCCGCGUACCUGUGUCUCUUUUUUCACCCAUCAGUCCAUUUUGCAUUCAUCAUCAUCGCCUGCAGAGCUUACUCUGCUUCGGGGAGAGAGAGAGAGGGGGAGAGACUUUACCGGAAAAGGGGAGUGCUUUUUUAGCUCGUCCCGUUCAUCGCUUUCACUCUGUUUCAGGUUUCCGUUUAGGAGGUCUAUGAUUUAUGAGUCGCCAACUACUCUCUUGUUGCUUGCGAAUGCUGCUCUGUCUUCUGCUCAGAGGCGUGAAAGCUACUGGUCCUCUGCUUCUCUCGUUGCUCGGGUAAAGCGUGAAGCCAAAAGAGAAACCCUCGGGACUGAAAGCAGGACUUUGAAGAAUGGUUUUUCUGGGUUCUCCUCUUGUUGGGUUCUUUCGCUUGAGGUGGUGUUGAAGUGUACUGCUUGGUGGGUGUUUGUUUACUUGCGAUUUGAGGUUGAAUUUGGAUUUUGCAAAUUACAAAAAAGGUGGGUGAUGCAUGUGCUGAGUUUGAGCUGAGUUCUUGCCGCUUUUGACCGGUUGAAGAAAAAAUGGGCUCUGCGAACACAAAACUUGAUAGAAAUGACGCCCUCCGUUUGUGUAAGGCCAGAAAGAAAUUCAUUAAGGAAAGCAUAAACUCCAGAUAUGCACUAGCCGCGGCUCAUGUGUCUUACAUUCAGUCUCUUAAAAACAUCGGUGUAGCUCUGCGGCGAUACGCGGAAGCUGAGAUGUUGAUGGAGUCAUCUCUCUCCACUUCCGCCACUGAGAUUGAGAAAACUCCUUCGCAUUCCUCUUACCCGUCCCCAUCUCCUUCGCACAUCGUGGAUGUAUCGGAUUCGCCACUGAACAAUGGAAGCCCACUUUCACCGCUGACGGCUAGAAUGAGUUUUAUGAAAUCAGGGGGUUCAACUUCCGUGACCAUCUGUUUGAAUCCUCUUGCUAGUACGAGAUUUUUGGAUGAUGAUACGAUGGCAUUUGGGAUCCCACCGCCGCCCCCCCCUCUGCCACCUGAAUCUAGUGGCACUUGGGACUUCUUCGAUCCUGUUGAUGAGAAUGAGAGCUUCAGGUUUGAUGGCCACUGUGGAGUUGAUAUGAAUUUCGAGAGUUUUCGAGACUGGUCGCAGUUUAGGGGUGAAAAGCUUGACCAUUUAAAGGUAAAUUCAAGUGAAGCUGAUGUAUUUCAUGAUGCAGAAUCAGUUGUCAAAUCAGAAACGAAAGAUUGUGUGAAAUCAGGUGAUAUAUCCACUACAAGUAACAGCCAUAGUUUAGCGGUGGAGAACACUAGUAAAUCGAUCAUUCUAGGAGGUCUGCAAGGUGGUUCGAAGCAAGGAUCAGCUACUGAGGCAAGGCUGGUGGGGACAGAACAUAGUGCCAAUGAUCCGGGCCAAAGUUCACAGGACAAAGGUGGUAUUGGACAUUCGAGUUCUGUGGUAGAAAUGACUGCAGCAAGCAAAGAUUUAGGCGCUGAAAGAGAGGACCCUUCCGAGUAUAUUACCCACAGGGCAAAAGAUUUCCUUUCAAGCAUAAAGGACAUUGAGCACAAAUUCUUCAGGGCUUCAGAGUCUGGUAAGGAGGUCUCCAGAAUGCUUGAGGGAAACAAAAUCAGGGUGCUAUAUGCAGAGGAUAAAGGUCAGUCAUCCUCAUCGGCUUUGUUGGGAGCUUUUCAGCAUGUAUGCUGCCGCCAGAAGCCUCCACUCAUAUCUCAUGCACAUGGACAACAUGGAAAAAGGAUGAUUAUAUGGAAAAGGACAACAUCUUCUCGGUCAUCUUCAUCAAGAAAUCCCCUAAACGGAGCACCGAAAGAUGAUGUCAGUGACAGUGGAAGUGAUUUCAUUGAAGAGUUCUGUAUGAUUUCGGGAAGCCAUUCAUCGACUUUGGACAGGUUAUUUGCUUGGGAAAGAAAGCUUUACGAUGAAGUCAAGGCCAGUGAAUCUAUUAGAAAGGAGUAUGACAAAAAGUGUGACCAGCUUAGAAACCAAUUUGCAAAGGAUUGCAGUACCCAUGUGAUUGACAAAACGCGGGCUGUUGUUAAGGAUCUACAUUCUCGGAUACAAGUUGCCCUACACUCUGUUGAUUCAAUUUCAAAGCGGAUCGAGAAGAUGAGAGAUGAUGAGCUGCUGCCACAACUUGUCGAACUGGUUCAAGGAUUUAUCAGAAUGUGGAAGGCUAUGCUUGCAUGCCAUCAUGCGCAAUACAUAACGAUCUCCUUAGCGUACCAUUCCAAAGGCUGCUCGGGAAUGUCACAAGGCGAUGCGUGGCGGCUGAUCAUGGAUCAGCUCCAGCAAGAGAUUGAAUGCUUUGGCUUGAGCUUUGCAAAUUGGAUGAACAGCCUCACGUCCUACGUCGAGGCCCUUAAUGGUUGGCUCCAACAUUGCAUCAUCCAGCCACCGGAGCGCUCCAGGCACCGACGGCAAGCGCUCGCUCCGCCCAUAUUCUCCUUGCUCCGCGAAUGGGCUACAGGGAUCAAGGAGCUGCCAUCUAGUGAGCUCAAUGAUGCGAUUAGGAGCUUUUUGUCAGAUCUGUACGAUCUGACGGAGCACCAUGCAGAAUCACAGUGGAAGCAGAGGCCCUGCGACGGAAACAGUGGAGGAUCGGAGGGACCAGAUGAGGGGAAGACUGAAUGCGCCCCAUCCAACUUGAGCUGCAUACAGACAAGCCUGACCAAAGUACUUGAGCGGUUGAAGAAAUUUUCCGAGGCGUCAUUGAAGAUGUACGAAGAUAUUAGACAGAAAACCGAGACAGCCAGAGUUGCAUACUCAAACUGCAAGCCUGCAAGGUCAAAGAGCGUGUAAAAGCGGGUUUGGAUUUCCUCUCUAUCUCAUGCAGUAGAUUUAUCUUUUGUAAAUUCGAAGCACCUAUACCAUGUCACUUCUCUUUAGUAAAUAGUUUAGGAACUAGUUUUCUUGUGCAAGAGCCACCUGACACUAAUCCCGCGAAUUUCUUAAGACUAGAUUGAUCAUUAUGAGAUGAGAUUGGGCACAUCAAAGUUUGAAGCUUUGGGUGGAUGCUAUUGUGUACUGUGCUGCAGUCUGCCGUGACUAUUAAGUAUAAUCGGCGGCGGCGGCGGCGGCGUACUUUGCCAUUACUAGCGGAGUUGAAGUUGAGUGAUCCGAAGAAGGGAAGGGAAAGGCUUCAUGUAUGUGAUCAGUGCAGAAGAAACAAGAAAUGAACAAUGGGGUGUGAAGAGAUAAACUGGGCAUGCAGUGGUUUUCAUGACUGUUUUGUACCUUAUAUUGGGUAAAUUGCUUAGAAGUUAGCUAAAUUAUGAAGUAGAUAUGUUAUGUUCUCAUAUGGAGCAUGGUCUAUCCAUUAAUAUUAUGAAAUAGAUAUGUUAUGUUCUCA